GACGCCAUGGUGGUUGGACAACCAGGUGGCUACCGCGAGCUCGCCUGAAAACACCAACAAUUUGGUCGCCGUCUCUAAUCAGAUUGAUACAUCGGCGUCACCCUCGGGUCAGAUAUCCCAGAACUCUAACUACAUGGCCAAGAAGCCAACUACAGAGCAGAGCCACUUCGACAAGUCUAGUCUCUUGCAUAUGAACUCUACAGAAACCGAUAAUUCAGGACAGCCUCUUCCGCGUCAUGCAGUUCCACUAUCAGCGCCAGAAGAAAAGGCUACUGGCUUCACAUGGUCCGUUCCACCUGCUUGGGCCAAACAUUCCUUGCGUCGUCAACAGCCUGGCGUGCCCCUCCAGAAGACUGAGUAUUCAUCAUUGGCAGUUCCUCAACAGGGAUCCCAAGCUGUCUCUAUGUCCCCCAUGCACAUGGAGACGCAAGCACCCCCUUCACGACAGCCAAAGGAUAGCGACGAUCGUGUAGUUUUCAAGACCACCACCCCUCCUACCGAGUACCGACCGGUGGCUUCCAUCAGCCGUCUACGUGUGGAGUCGGCAAGUCAAAAGUCAACUACGAUCCAUCCUCGAGGAGGCUAUAAUCUUGAAACAAUGACUGAAAAUGCGCCAAUCGAUUUACAGCAAGCGGCCAAUGAUGUUCCAGAGUCACCAAAUCAAGAAACGGUGUACGGAAUCCGGAAAGACAGAUCAAGGAAGCCGACGAGAUACAUAGUGCCAGGAAUUGUGUCUGACGAGGUUGCCACCAGUUCUCGGCCGUCCAGUGCUCGCAAUAGCUCAGAUCCGGCCGACAAUCGCUUUUCCAGUCGAGAUCGUGGUCACGAUUUGGGAUCCUCGAGUUUUGUAUUGCAACCUAGCGCUCAUACGAUCCAGGGCAAGAGAAAACGCGAUCGACCACAAAGGCCAACUCCAGAAUACAACAUUGUGAUUGACUCACGAGGAACGCCCCUGAGGAGACCAGACUAUGCAAGCUCCGUCGUGCGGCAUAACGUAACUCACAGUAUCUCCAAGCCCCGUCCGCUUGCUAAUCGCGCAGAGCAUCGGGUCCCAAGUCCUGGGAACAGCUCUACACUCUCAGAUACAAACAGAGACGCCAAGGAUAUCCUCGAAAAGCUGAACCAAAAGCACGCAAGAAUGUACGAGAAUGAGCGAGCCCAGAGUGAACGCUUAGAAACUUCGGCAGCAUCAUGGGAACUUGAGAAGGAGAAACUAAUCCAGGCUGUCAAUUCUCAAAAUGCUGAAAGAAUUGACCAGGAGAGCAGGGUGCUCGACCUUCGCCGCUUGCUAGAAGAGGAACAGCUCAAAAUCGAGGAACAUUCCGAGCAGAUCAAAGCUCAAGAAAAGACAAUGUCAGAUCUUCGAAACGAUCGUCUUGGUCUUGAGGCUAAGAAGGCUAAACUUCAUGAAAAAGCAGCCAGGAUCAAAGAAACUAUCAAUGAAGCCAUCAGAGAGCAGCAAGAGCUCCAUCUGCGUAACAAGAUGCGUUUAGAAGAGGUUAUUUGUGAAGUCCGGCAGGAAGCACAGGAUAUGAAGGCCAAUGUUGGUCUUGCGCUCACUAAGACAGAUGAAGUACAAAAGCGUGUGUUGAAUGCAGCAAGGGCGAUCCGUCAAGAGAGUGCAGUGGCUCUCGCAGAGAGAGACGUCACUGUGAAGCAUCUUACGGAUCAACUCCUGGAGAAGGACGAACGUCUGGCUCAUGAACAAGACACAGUCAGAAGGUUACUAGACGACUCUGGGAAAACCCAUGCUCAACUUCAAGCUAUGGAAACGAAUCUUGCUACUCGCUUCAGCGAUUUCUUGGAGCUUUAUGAACAAGGUAAAUAUCGGCUUGCCAAGGACUCGCAGCGGCAACGUGAUCUGGAAUCCAAAGUAAACUUGCUUGCUGAAAGCCUGGCUGAAAAUGCUUCACACUAUGUGAUCCAAACUGAAGCCUUGUCCGGCAUAAACCUCAAGCUCACCGAAUCAGUCGCGCCACUUUUGCAAGAGAUUGGCACCACGAUUCCGAAUCAAUUGAGCCACAUCGACACCCACUUAGAAUUGCUGCAAACCCAGCACUCUGCAAGGGAGGAUGCUCUCGUCAUUGAAUUAAAGGAAUGCAAACAGGGUAACUCGGUGCUGGCGACAACUGUCGAGGAGAAGCACAACGAGUGUGACCGUCUCGAGGCCGAGAUCUACAAGCUACAACACGAUCUAGACGCAAAGACAUGCGAAAACGCAGCACUGAAGGAGAAAGUGAAAGUUGGAGAGAAGCAGCUAACUUGCAUGGCUGAAAAGCUAACUGAGGGCGAGCAGAGGUUGAGCGAUGCCAUCGAAAAGCAUGCAUCGGAGACCGAGCAGUGUCUAAAGCGUCUUGCAGAGUCAGAAGCUUCCUCAACAAACAACUGCCAAAGGGUUUCCAGCCUGGUGAUAGACCUUGGGAAAGCUCGUAAUGAUGCAACGCAGGCUGGGCAGAAGCUUUAUAUAGCCCAGUCUGCUUGGAAAUCGCAGUCACUCGCUGCCGACCAGAGGAGACAUGAACUUGAAGCGCAAGUCAGCGAAAAGAAGGAUGUGAUACUUGAGCUAGAAGGCAAGUUGAACAUGCUAAAAGCGCGACAGGAACAGGAACUAGCAAAUGACAAUGAAAGAUUGGCGGCCAGAAAAGCUGAAAAGGAGCAAGACACCACCACGAUCGAGCACCUAAAUGCACAACUGGAACAAAAAGAACAAACUGUUCGGGAUGCCGAGGAUCGCUCCAAUUCUCUCGUGAAUGAGCUGUCCGAGAUUCGAAAACGAGCGGCAGAGCUCGACCAGCUACUUGCUGGGAAAGUUGAUGAUGUGGCAAGCAUACAAGCCUCUCUCGAUUGUCGCACUUCCGAGUUACAAUCAUCAGAAGAGCGCCAUCAAUGCACGGCUGCUAUUGUUGCCAGCCUCGAAUCCAAGGUCAGUGAGCUGGAAGUCGCCCAGCAAUCACUGGGUGCUGCCAGAGAACUGGAAACAGAGUGGCAUAAAUGGGUAUCGGCUCUUUGUGAGAGACUCAAGGACUGGGUGAUCCUGAAAAGUCCUACUGCUUCAAAGAUAUACCAUCAACUGCUGAAGCAGCACGGCUUGGCGGGAGACACGCAGGAGUUUGUCGAACUAGCCAGUGUCUUCCUGGCAGUUUACCAAUACUUGAAGCAGCAGGUUAUUCCCAACACGCCGGGGAUCUCAGAACUCGCUUUGAUCUUCAAAAACGCUGAGGCCAAACGUGUCAAGCUAAACAGUCCACUGGAGAGAACAGAAAGCAAGGUGUUCCACCAAUCCUCAUACCAAGAGCUUCAAGCGUCGGUCAAGCUUUCAGUCUAA